CACCCGCCAAGCUGCGGCGCGCUCCGGCGCCCGGCUGGGUGGAGCGCAGCCACUAGGUGCCAGGGAGCCGGGCUAGCGGAUUGCAGCGGAAAAGCAAAGAUGUCACAGUGGAUCCUGUGCCUCAAAGGUCCUUUAAAGUGAAGAUAAGCUCUUUGGGCUGGCUGGAGCUAGUCUAAGGCCUUAAAGUGGCAUGAAUAUGGCGUACGAGCUACUCAAUGGGAGCCAAACAUGGCUGUCCUCUCACGUUGACCUCAGUGGUUCAGUGGCAGCAGCCAACAGCUCAAACCAAACAGAACCAUACUAUGACCUGACCAGCAAUGCAGUCCUCACAUUCAUAUAUUUUGUGGUCUGCAUCAUUGGGUUGUGUGGCAACACACUUGUCAUUUAUGUCAUCCUACGCUAUGCCAAGAUGAAGACCAUCACCAACAUUUACAUCCUCAACUUGGCCAUCGCAGAUGAGCUCUUCAUGCUGGGUCUACCCUUCUUGGCCAUGCAGGUGGCUCUGGUCCACUGGCCCUUUGGCAAGGCCAUCUGCCGCGUGGUCAUGACUGUGGACGGCAUCAAUCAGUUCACCAGCAUCUUCUGCUUGACAGUCAUGAGCAUAGACCGAUACCUGGCUGUGGUCCACCCCAUCAAGUCAGCCAAGUGGAGGAGACCCCGGACAGCCAAGAUGAUCAAUGUGGCUGUGUGGGGAGUCUCUCUGCUGGUCAUCUUGCCCAUCAUGAUAUGUGCUGGGCUUCGGAGCAACCAGUGGGGGAGAAGCAGCUGUACCAUCAACUGGCCAGAUGAAUCUGGGGCAUGGUACACAGGGUUCAUUAUCUAUGCCUUCAUCUUGGGGUUCCUGGUACCCCUCACCAUCAUUUGUCUUUGCUACCUGUUCAUUAUCAUCAAGGUGAAGUCCUCUGGAAUCAGAGUGGGUUCCUCUAAGAGGAAAAAGUCUGAGAAGAAGGUCACCCGGAUGGUGUCCAUAGUGGUGGCUGUCUUCAUUUUCUGCUGGCUCCCCUUCUACAUAUUCAAUGUCUCUUCUGUCUCUGUGGCCAUCAAUCCUACCCCAGCCCUCAAAGGCAUGUUUGACUUUGUGGUGGUCCUCACCUAUGCCAAUAGCUGUGCCAACCCCAUCCUCUAUGCCUUCUUGUCUGAUAACUUCAAGAAGAGCUUCCAGAAUGUCCUCUGCUUGGUCAAGAUGAGCAGCACAGAUGACGGGGAACGGAGUGACAGUAAGCAGGACAAAUCCCGGCUGAAUGAGACCACAGAGACCCAGAGGACCCUCCUCAACGGAGACCUCCAGACCAGCAUCUGAGAUGCUUAAAGAAGAAAAUGCCAAGCUUUACCUAGUGGCAAUGUGCCCCCUAACCCCACCCUCUUCCUUCCUCCCACCCAUCACAUCUAGCUUCUACAAUAGGGAAUUGCUCAGCAUGAGUCCAAUUCAGAGAACUGUGUUUGAUUCAGCUUGUCUGAGUGAAUGAUAAUGUAUUAAAUUGAUUACCUCCCCCUUAAAGUGAACAUUUAAAUGCAGGCAGAUAGUUCAAAGUCUGGAAAAGAGAUCAUGCCUGGGUAUGAUUUUUAGAAGGUUGUUACUCAACAACAAUAGAAAAAUGUAUCUGUGUUUUUGUGUGCUUAAAACUCAAUAUGUAAUCUUGGGUUCUUACAUUUAUACUUGUAUAUUCCUAUCUAGUCCCUGUACAGUCAUCACCCGCAUUUCCUGUGGUCAUGUACACAAGUAGCAAGUUCAAGUGUGCAUGGUAUAUGUAAACAUUUAUUACAAUAUCGUACCCACAGAAAUGAACUUACUGUGAAGCCAAUAAAGUUUAAGCUUAAGGGCUCUCUCUUUCAUGAGCCUUUCCAAGGCCCAGGCAGAGCCCUGGCAGUAAGUUUACAUGGUCAUAUGUUUGUGUAAAAAAAAUUGUAAAAAUAGGAUAUUUUUGUGUCCUUUUUUUAAAAAAUGGGCCCCCUGAGUUGUUGAAGCUUCUAGCCUCAUAAAACCUGGUUCUGCCUCUGGUUAUUUGCUUCAUUAAUUUUAGGCAAGUUAAGUCCAAGUAACAAGGGAGAAGGAGAAACUAUCUGAAGAUCUAGAACAUAAUAAAUUCAUGUGUUUCCUCUUCUCAGACAUAAUCAAAGAAUUAUUCAUUUAACCAAAAGGACUUAAAUGGUGUAUUCAUCGAUCAUCAUUAUUUAUCAAGACAAAGCCUGCUUUAUCAUAAAAUUGCAUUUUUUCGUAUCACAUUAAUUUUUCUUAGGGAGCCAAAGGGGAAAAAAUCACUAAUGUGCAAGGCAAAUAAAAAUGGACUAUGAUUCUUGUGAGGAAGCAGUUCCGUUCUCCCCAUUGUGGAAAGAAAUGAGUAAGAAUGAAGCGAAAUUAUACUUUUAUGAGAAACCAUGAAAAAAAAAUUUAAUGCCAGACGUGGCUUCCUAAUGAAAGAAAAUGGAGAUGUAAUUCAACAGCCCCUCACAGGACUUUUUUAAAAGGGCUUUAUAUAGAGCUGGUCAUGAAGAAAUUUGCAGUGCAUACUAAAGACCUGACGGCAUUAUUCACAAAACAUAAAUGCACGCAUCAGACAAUGACUAUCCAGUGUGUGUGUGGGGGGGGGGGGGUGCUGGCACACGUCCCACCACAUGGCUGUCACUGUGACACCUUCCUCACCCACUGGAUACACAUUAAAUGCCAUACCCCUCAUGCCACUGGCUGUCCCAGCUCUUCCUUGACAACCACCGUUCAGUGGCACUUUUUGUCUCUGAAACUGUAGAUGGGCUCAUCUACAAGUGAUAAAAGAAGAGAUGAUGCCCAGUUCGUUGACUGGUCAGUUUCCAGAGUACUAGGAAGUACAGACUCGGGUAUCUGUAAGGUUGCCAUCAUCUCUCGUUUUCAGAUGAAGA